CUCUCGUUGCGCCGUUUCCUUCUUUCUUCCUUUUCUUCCUCUUCUCUGUCCUCUUCUUCUCGACUAUCCUCCGUAACCGUGGUUGAGAGGUAUUGAUUCACUUGCUUUUAUUCAUUACAAUCUCUUCGUGGAGACGGACUUGGCAACAGUCUGAUCUCCUUCCCCCGCAGCAGCCCCUCUCGUUGUUGGAUCGAUCGAUUGAUUGAUGUACUACCGUCAUUCUGCUCCUCCCCCUCCCCAGGGAUGGUCUCAGGGAUGGUCUGGUGACUACCCUCGCCAGCAACCGGGAUACUGGCCUCCCCCGCAGCAGCAACACUACCCCGCGCAAUAUCCCCCGUCAGGCCCUCCACCUCCUCACUCGUAUAACCAAUAUCCCCCUCAGCAUUAUCCCUCGCCUGGCCCGUACGGUCCCCCUCAUACGCCAACCCCGCCUCCGCAAUCCUCGUCGCCUUACCGGUCAUACCACAGCCACUCGCAAUCAUGGCAUCAAAAUAACACUCCGCCGCGUCCGCCCCAGGAGGCACAGCACUUCGGUCGCGGAGCCCCGUCUAAUUACCGAUUCCAGUACUCCACUUGCACGGGUCGCCGGAAAGCCCUGCUGAUCGGAAUUAACUACUUUGGGCAGCCCAAUGCGCUCCGUGGCUGCAUCAAUGAUGUCGCCAACAUGUCGAACUUUCUGCACGAGAAGUUCGGCUACCGGAGAGAGGACAUGGUCAUUUUGACGGAUGAUCAGAAAAAUGCCAUGAGCGUGCCUACGAAGGCCAAUAUUCUGCGCGCGAUGCAGUGGCUUGUGAAGGAUGCCCAGCCGAAUGAUUCUCUCUUUGUUCAUUUCUCCGGUCACGGUGGACGAACGCCAGAUCUUGACGGAGACGAAGAAGAUGGCUACGAUGAUGUUAUUUAUCCUCUGGAUUACCGUACCGCUGGGCACAUUGUGGAUGACGAUAUGCACGCCAUCAUGGUCCGUCCACUCAGGCCCGGUGUCCGAUUAACCGCCAUUUUCGACUCGUGUCACUCCGGUACUGCACUUGAUCUGCCCUACGUAUACUCGACACAGGGUAUUCUGAAAGAGCCCAACCUGGCCAAAGAGGCCGCACAAGACCUGUUCAGCGCUGUCCUCUCGUACGGCAAAGGAGACCUGGGCAGCAUGGCGCAGACGGCCAUUGGGUUCUUCAAAAAAGCGGCCAUCGGCGAUUCCGCCCGACAGCGCACGGUAAUGACCAAGACCUCGCCGGCGGACGUGGUCAUGUUCUCGGGAUCAAAGGACACGCAGACCUCGGCGGAUACAUUCCAAGACGGAGAAGCUCGAGGAGCCUUGAGUUGGGCUUUCAUCAAGUCAUGGACACAGCAGCCUAAUCAGAGCUACCUGCAACUACUCAACUCGAUUCGGUCGGAAUUAGAAGGAAAAUAUACCCAAAAGCCGCAGCUGAGCUGCAGUCAUCCAUUGGUUGCAGAUGUCAAUUUGCUUUUUGUUAUGUGA